CUUAGUUUCCAGCAGGUUGCUGUGUCCAGACGAAGAUGCUGAUGAGGAAAUGACAGCUGUGCUGUCUGGUGUCAUCCAGGCGGGGACUAACUGACAGAUGCCUUCAUCAUGAUGCUGAGCUGCAGCGCUCUGGUCGUCACCCUUUUGUUGUCCCAGGUCCUGGGCUUUCUGAACCCCUCAGAGGACAACAACGUCCCUGAAGAGUGGGUGCUGCUUCAUGUGGUUCAGGGCCACAUAGGCGCCGGAAACUACAGCUACCUGCGCCUCAACCACGAUGGAAGAAUCAUCCUGCAUAUGCAAAGCCUCAAGGGAGACGCGGACCUAUACGUGUCUGAUAAAACCCUGCGGCCGAGCUUCGACACCUACAAGCUGCAGUCGGUCACCUGUGGCCAGGAUGUGGUGGUGGUGCCGGGGGACUUCGCAAGACCCGUGGGCAUUGGCAUUUACGGCCACCCGUCUCACAAGGAGAGCGAGUUUGAAAUGCGGGUGUUUUAUGAUCAAACGGUUCUUCAGGACCCGUUCGAGAAGGGCUCAUACACUUCAGAAGGCGGACAUAAGCAAAAGAAGUCCCCUCAGGCAGCUGAGGAGGAGGACUUUCAGGAAGAGGAGUCAAUCUUUUGGACAAUUCUAAUCGGACUUUUGAAGAUUAUACUUGAGAUUUUGUUUUGAAAAUAGUUUCCUGCCUUGCUGCUGUGACAGAAGGAGGAAAUUCAGCUUUUUUGGCUCAGUCGGCCUUGAUACAGUAAAGAAGAUUAUUUUCUUUCAUUCUGUAAAGAUGAGAAAAUGUUGCACCAAAUUCCAGUGAGAACUCCAGCAUUUUAUCAAUUUCUUUCCUUGUGAUCAAACAUACAUACUUAUUGAAAUCAGUCCAAAUCAGUUUAAAAAAAAUCAUAGUUGCAAGUUAAAACUUGCUGAUGGAUCACUGUGCUGAAUUCACCACUGAAGCCAGAUAAUGUUUCACAAAGUCUAUGUUUGGUGAUAAGUAAAGGAACAGUAGCCUGUCGGAUUUAGCAGGUUUUGCUUUGGUGUCCUCUCAUAGAAAGAGAACAGAGCGGAUUAAGUGAAGUCCAGGCACAUGUUCAGUCAUGGCUGAACACUGCGCCUUUCUGAUUGUCUGCACUGAACUGCAGUUCAGUCAAAGGGGCAAGAGGGUAAUAUGUGUGGAGUCUUAAAGGAUCAGUUUGGUAAUUUUCAGGUUUUAUCUUAAUGCAACACUUGUGGCUGAGAUGCCUCCUGUCAGUCGAAAACACCUCACCAAGUGUAAACUUAGCGGGACUUGAUUUGCCUAACUGACACUACUGAAGCCUCAGAUGAACCAUAAAGCAUAUUUACUGAUGGGAGGAACUAUUGCUACAACCUGUAGCUCUCACAGUGUGCACGAGGCAUGGGAGUAGUGUAUUAAGAUGGACUUUUAUCCUUUAACUUGAUUGUGAAUUUUCAAAUCAAAUUGAGCAUCAAACAGAGACAGCCAUUGUGGCUGAGUCUCAUCUCACCCUGUGAAUGAAAUGAAGCCGCCUGUCUUAACACUGCAUAUCAACACCACACAGGACGUGUGUGGGUUUAAAUAUCACAAAAACUUAGCAAUAGUCAUUAAUCCUAUUCAUACGAGACUAGUAUUAUCAGGGGACCUCAUGUCAUGUAGAAACUACUCCCACAUCUGUUUUGUGCAGCGCAUUGGCACAGGAUAAGCAAAUCUGUAUUUUACUUGAAUUUACUGACAUUAUUCCCCGGAUAUGAUGUCAAAGCUCUGCGUAACUCUGCACUCUUCAGCAGCCACAUUAUUGAUAUAGUUUAGAGUUGUUUUGCCCACUUUCUGUGCAUAAAUACACAUUUACAGCUCAUUUGAUCAACAGAUGCUUUGUGACUGACAGCCUUUUGCUUCCCCGAACCAUCUCUAUCAUCACUCAUUUUAAAAGUCAGUAUAGCUUAUCACAGCACAGCUGUUGACUGCGGUUCACCAUGUUAUGAGCCGUGAUCAAAUGUCAUACUUGUUCAGUUGUUUGACAACAAAAAAACAGACAACUGGCAACUGGCACAGGAUUAAUAUCACAAAUACCAUAUUUGGCCAAAUAUGGUAAGUAAUUAGUGGUGGAAUUUUUACUUCACACAGGAUCGAAGAUGACCUCCAUAAUUAUUGCCAGUUACCAGGGAUCCCCAGGCAAUACGAGUCCCGCGCAAACAGCAGUAUUGUAAGCCAUUUUGAGAUCUACAUGAGGUUCCUAUAGGAUUGCUGGAAAGGAAGGCCUGAAACUGUUAAAAGGCUGAUGGUACAGUGUGAUGCUACACGAGCCCUCGACUUUCACCAAAGCAGAUCAUUAAGUUCAGCGAAGAUGCUGCUGAAUGUGCCGUCAUGAGUCUUGAUUCUGUUGAAGUUUUGGAAUUAUUUCCUUGAUUUAGACUCCACAUGGGAACAGCUGGUUUAUGAAGCGAUUGCUACCAACCUGUCAGAAUUCGUAGCAACAUUUCAUCUGGUUUGAUCACUCAUUUUGUUUUUGCCUGUUGGACAAGCUCCUGAUUUAAACAUCACUUCCUGCGUUGGAGUUCAGCUAUGAGUAAAGUUGCAACCACUGAGCAGAAAUGUUCAACAGUGCCUUCAGAUCAGUCUUCUGCAGGGUGAACAGCCGAGCAGUUUUCCUGUUUCCAGAGACGAUUCAGUCAGGUUUCUAAAUAAAGCAGCUGUUUUGCAGACUGUUGAAAGUGUUUGUCUUGCUCAUCUUUUGUUUCAGAUUUGAGACUCUGAACCAAGAACAGGUAAUUCCAAGAGAAAUCUAGCUUAGCUGAAGUUUUUAUUCAGUCAUGUUAAAAAAGGAGAGUUCUGAUGUUACAAUGAUAAAUUGUGUAAAUCAUAAUCACUGUGAUACUUCAGUUCAGCUCAGCCUGAUGUCUGUUUUCUCUGGCAGCUUUUUCAUCAGAGCUGCAAUAGCUGAUAUAUGUCGUGGUUCGUUUUCUUUGUGAAAUGUUAAUUUACAGACCAAAGAUUCUUUUUCUGAUCAGCACCUGAGAAACCAAAACUAACACCAACUGCAGGCUGCAAAUAUAAAUAUG